GGGGGAGCGCGGUGCCGGGGCGAGCAGCGGGUGAUGGGGAAGAGGCGAGCGCAGUGCUGAGGUCCUCCGGGGCCGGAUGAGCCGAGGCUUGGCGCCGCGGCGGUGGCGGGGCUGGAGGAGGGGGCGAAGGAGGCUGUAGGGGCGGCCCCCGCUCCGGCUGCCCUGAGGGGAAGGAGCCCCCGACCAUGGAAAUCGAGAACAUCGUGGCCAACACGGUGCUGCUGAAAGCCCGGGAGGGCAAACGGAGUGGGCGUAGUAAAAAAUGGAAAGAGAUGCUGAAGUUGCCUCCUGUCAGUCACUGUGAGGGUAUUCGGUGCUCCAUUGAAAGAGACUAUAACCAGCUUUGUGACAAACAGCCAAUAGGAAGACUUCUCUUCAGACAGUUCUGUGAUUCCAGACCAGAUUUGAAAAGAUGCAUUGAAUUUCUGGAUUCAGUGGCAGAGUAUGAGGUAUCUUCAGAUGAAAAGCGCAUAGACUGUGGCCUCAAAGUUUUAGAGACGUACUUCACUAAUGGGUCUGCAGCACACUUGCCAGAAAUACCUCAGGAAACAGUAAAUGAAUGUAAAGCAAGACUGGAAAAGAACCCUUCUAAGGAUCUUUUCAUGGACUGUACUAGAAUUGUCCAUGAGUACCUAAGCAAAAGACCUUUUGAAGCUUACCAGGAGAGUAUGUAUUUUUCCCGUUUUUUACAGUGGAAAUGGCUGGAAAAGCAGCCAGUAACUAAACACACGUUUAGGCAUUACCGAGUACUAGGCAAAGGUGGAUUUGGAGAGGUGUGUGCCUGUCAAGUACGAGCAACAGGAAAAAUGUAUGCUUGCAAAAAGCUAGAAAAAAAGAGAAUAAAGAAGAGGAAAGGAGAAUCAAUGGCUCUAAAUGAAAAAAGAAUUCUAGAAAAAGUGAAUAGUAGGUUUGUAGUUAGUUUAUCCUAUACAUAUGAGACAAAAGAUGCCCUGUGUUUAGUAUUAACCAUAAUGAAUGGAGGGGAUCUAAAGUUUCACAUAUACAACAUGGGAAAUCCUGGCUUUGAUGAAGAAAGGGCUAUUUUCUAUGCUGCAGAACUGUGCUGUGGUCUGGAGGAUUUGCAGAGAGAGAGAAUUGUUUACAGAGACUUGAAGCCUGAGAAUAUACUUCUUGAUGACUGUGGACAUAUCAGGAUUUCAGAUCUUGGAUUAGCUGUGCAGAUUCCAGAAGGUGAAACUGUCCGAGGACGUGUUGGGACUGUUGGUUACAUGGCUCCAGAAGUGAUCAAAAAUGAAAAGUACACAUUCAGUCCAGAUUGGUGGGGUCUUGGCUGUUUGAUUUAUGAAAUGAUUGAAGGACAGUCUCCAUUCAGGAAGCACAAGGAAAGAGUUAAACGGGAUGAGAUUGACCGGAGAGUAAAGGAAGACCAGGAAACAUACUCGGACAAGUUUUCAGAGGAGGCAAAAUCCAUCUGCAGGAUGUUACUUGCAAAGAAUCCAGGGGAACGACUGGGUUGCACUGAAGGAGGAGCUGCUGUUGUAAAACAACAUCCUAUUUUCAAGAACAUCAACUUCAAGAGGCUGGAAGCUAACAUGUUAGAACCUCCAUUCUUGCCAGAUCCACGUGCCGUUUAUUGUAAAGAUGUCCUGGACAUUGAGCAGUUCUCAACAGUAAAAGGAGUGAACCUGGAUACCACAGAUGAUGACUUCUAUUCCAAAUUUGUGACGGGUUGUGUCUCAAUCCCUUGGCAAAAUGAGAUGAUUGAAACGGGAUGCUUUGAAGAUAUCAAUGCAUGUGAAACUGAUGGUACUGUGUCACCAGACAGAGAGAAGUCUCCUAAGCCAAAGAGAGGCUUCUUUCACAGACUUUUUAGUGGAGAGGUCUGCUUUAAAUCUGAUUGCAGUGAUGAUGAGCAGGAGUCCUCCAGACUUUAAAUCAUUUUAUGCUCCUCAGAAAGGAUGAGCAAAUGUUAAAUGUUUUAUAUCUCUGUAGCAAAUUGUAUUAUAUAUAUUUUUUAUCUGAGUUCAAGGAUUUUUGUACAUUUGUACUUCAUUUGUUUUAAGAUGUAUAUUUUCACUAAAGCUUAAUUGUACAAAAAGCAAUGAGUGCCAUUUGAGUGAGUGUGUUUCUGUAUGUAUUUGAUUUAUCUUGAUUUUUUUUUUCCCAGUGGAACGAAUCUAGAAAUACUAAAAGGAUUUUAAAGCACAGAGAUAACAUCUAUGGCAUCACUGUAACUUGACUUUGUAUGCUCCUGGUAAAACUCUUCUUGAUCAUUAGGAUCUUUAUUAGCAGUUUUCUUAACUGUAAAAUUGCUAUACUGAUAAAUUUGAUAAUUCUGGUAUUAUCCCGCAGCAUGGCAGUGCUAUUACCUAAUGUAUCUCUCAAGCAACUGCUAAGUAAAAAAAGGGAUUCAGUGCACUGCACAGUGGUCAUCUUUUAGGAAUUGCUCUUUAUUAUCAGGCGCUGUAGAAUCUCUUUCUGUGUUUCUGUAUAAAGAGAACUUUCAACAUUUUGCUUAAUCCUGUAACAAGCUGAAGAAUCCCAUUCUUCUCUUUUCUACCCAUCUUACACAUCCUCUCCAUAGACUGUCUCAGCAUGAACCAUACAUGUCGACCUAUCCCAAAAUUUUAUAAUUAUAUUUUGAAAACUUUGUCUUUACUGAAAGGAUUUCUUUUUAUCUGUGGGGACACUGUUUUAUUCUAUUUUCUGUAAAUUAAAUUGUUUUAGGAUGUUACAUUUUUAUAAUAGGUUAAAAAACAAAGCAUAGGCUCUUCUUACUUAUGUCCUCUCUGCUUAUGUUGUAUAAUAUGCAAUGUUCUAGGGUUGACAGUGAUCACUGCCACUGGGGAAAGGGAAAGGUAGCAUUAAGUAUUGAAUUUAAUUAUGUAAAUAUUUUUUUUCUUAUAGUCUUUUAAAACAGAAACAUUAAAACAUGCCUUUAAUGAUUGCUUACUAUAGAUGUGGAGCUGGUAUUGAAGUUUGUUAUGAUUACCUGAUGUCCAUUAGUAAAACUGACAAAAGCUGUUUGAGAGCUAGGCAAGCUUCCAUUCAUCUGGACUCACAGUAGGUCAGACCCUUCAUUUUGUAAAGUUUCUAGUAAAACUAUUAAUCUGGGUAUGAGAGCCAAUUUAAAGAGCACAUUUCAUUAAGAGCCUCUUCUGUUUUCAAAAUUGAAUUGGGUACUUGAAAUAUAAUGGAAUGCCAUUUGAGUUGGAGACAUGAUUUUAGUUUCAUAUUUUGUUGUGCAAUCUGAAUAUUUGUCUCAAUUGUGCAUGCCUUUUUUUUUUCUUUCAAAUUUCUGGGGCACCAACCAGACCACAUAUGUAUUGUACACAUAGAGCAACCGCACAGCCCUCCACCUCAAAAAGGCCUCUUUUGUUAUCUGCAGACCCACUGCAAGAAACUUCAGCUGCUUCUGAGAAACUCACAAGAUAUAUUUGAUAUUCAAGCCUAUCAUCAGGUUUUAAUUCACAGUCUUUGGUCUCUAAAGACAAAGUUUUAAUGGAUUAGAAUUUGAAAAAAUUGGAAAACCAGUAUGUUGCAGAACCCUGCUGGGCCUCAUCUGGUGUCUCUCUGAAAUUGUUCCUCUUGGCUACUGUGCCACAGAAAUGAGGAAUUAGACUGUUUUUCUGUGUUUUCAGUGCAUUUUUCCUCCAGUCUAAAGCAGUACACAAGACAGCAAAAUUACUCUUUUGGAGAGUACAAAGGGAGAAAUUGGCAGAGGGUGAGAGAGUGUGAAUGAAUUACUGGAAGAUGGUCUGAUGUAAUAUUGAAGGGAUGGGAGGCUUGACAGAAAUAUCUGAAGUGAGGGUGUUGGCUAGAACCAUUAUGUGUGAGACAAUGAGCUGGCAGUCUGACCUGACUCUAUUUUGUACUACAGCAAUAGAAGAAGUCUAAAAAGAUGGGAAUGGAAAAAUGGGGAAGUAACAAAAGUAUUUUAUAAAUACCUAUGUGAUUGGAGAAGUCAUAGUUUCUCUGAUUAAGGGUUUGAAUUUUUAAGGUCUUAGGUUUGCUAUUCUGAGGCAAAGGUGUCUGUAUAAACACCAGACAUAUAGGGUGACCAGCUGGAUUUAAUGUCUGUGUAGAGUAACAAAAUUUGGGCAAUAAUACCACGGACACAAGCUGAAUAAUUUUUAUGAAGAAAAUACAGGAAUUAGUUUUAAUGAAUCAGAAAAAAAAUCUGAAAGUAUUUAUCAUGUAUUUCAAGUUUUCUUUCUGUAUUGGAUGGAGAGGAAUCUUAACUUUAAAAAAAAUAAAAUCAACUUCUCUAUUUUGGAGUGUUGAGACUUUACACAUAUUUUCCAGGAAUCUGUGAAGAAAGAGGGCUAAAUGAAGAGAAAAGGCAAAUUGUUCCUAAGAAGUGGUUAUUUAUGUCUGCUUCUUUGGAUGAAGGAGCUCCUUGUAAAAAAGUGAGGAUUUGUUUGUUUUUAUGAAGUCUUCCUUAGUUUAAUUUCACAAGUUUUUUCUUAAGUUCAGAAUAGUACUAUUGAAUUGUUUUUGAAUGAGUACAUGUUUGCAGAAUUAUGACCUAAAUAUUACGACCUAAAUUCCAUUGGGUUUGGGGUUUGAUUUUUUAUUUAUUUUUUUUUUUGGUCAGUAGAUUGGUUAUUCCCCAGAAGGCUCAAGAUGGCAUUAUUGUACUAUAAAUUUGUCCCUUUUGGUUACAAAUACAAGCACAUAAUAAUGACUAGAUCUUAUCUUAUGUGGAUCCCCUGAAAAGUUAGAAAAACCACGGAACUGGAAGGAGCAGCAAUCAGCAUAACUUAGGUCUUGAAUUUUUUUAGGACAAAACUGGGACAAAGAAAGGGGGAAAUAGCAGGUUAUGUUUACUGAUUAUGUAGCCUUUUACUUCCAGGAAACUGUUGGGGUGGGAUGGGGGAAGACAAUGUAAUUUAUAGCAAUUCAGCAUGACUUCAUUCUCUAGCCCCAUGUGUUAGAAGGCUUUAAUAACAGUGAGACAAUCCAAUGUUCUACUGGUGCAAGAUUUGGAAAGACCUAUGGAAUUCCAUGGAGUUAUUUGCAUGAGAUCAACCUCCCUUUCCUGUGGUGUGUGUUUCCAAGCAUUUGUGUAUGUAAAUCUUCAUGUCUGCUUGUGCAUACCUCAAACCUCUCUAUUUAGCUCAAAAUUCAGAAACUGUGAAGCAAUGUACCAGUGUACCAGUGUCUUAUUGGUUUACUCAAUGCUUUUCAAUGUUGUGACCAGCAGAAUAGAAUCUUCAUGCCUCAGGGUUUUGGUUUUUUUCUAUUAAAAAGCUGUCAGCUUCUCCCUGCCCCCUGAGGUGUGUUCAUAAUAGAGAUGGUGUUUCUGGACUAUAACAACAACAGAACUGUCUUAGCUGAAAAAAUGAGCUCUUAAAACUGAUAGUAAGUAGGGAAAAAACCUGAGUUAUGUCUGUAACAACAAGAGCAUGAUUGACAAACCUUAGCUUUAACUAGUUCUUGUCUCUUUUUUUCCCCCAGAUCAUUCUUAAUACAGUAGUCCUGAAUGGUUUUGAGUAUGAAAGAGAAUUAUCUCCAAAUCAGAAUAAAAUUGUCUAUUUAAUAAAUCAGUGAUAGAAGCUAUUAAAACCAACUAACAAUCCAUUCUUAGAAUGCACUUCAAUUAUUUUUCAAACUACACUGGUGUAAGAAUUUUUUCAUUGCCAUUUGUACAAGCAGAGAAUACUUGUUACUAAAACAUGAGGAAAAGUAAUAUUUUUCUAUAGUUUACAAGUUAGCAUUAUACAGAUUUAACUUUGGAAUUAUUAUCUUCAUUUUAAUAUAGAUUUUCAGAAAACACUUCUCUUUAGGAAGAGAAAUUUGAAUUACUGGAAAGCAUCUUUAAGCUGAAGUCAUAUUUACUUUGAUUUUAAUUAUUCGCCUGGCUUAUUUUGGUGAUGAUGAUGUCUCUUCUGCUGAAUGAACAAUUCUUUUUUAUUUCAUAAUUGUUCUUGUGGUGUAACUUAAGUUUUGCACAUGAGACGUAGGUAACUUUUUUCCACAAUCCAGUUGUGUCCAAAACACCAGAAUUCUUUCCAAGCAUAGGAAGCUGACUGUUAAAUGUGAUGUGUUAGUUCCAGCAUCUCCAAACCACUAACUGUUCUUGUGUGAGCUGUUUUCCUGGAUGUUCUAGCAUUGUAAUUCCUGAAAUAAAAGCAAAACACUGCCACAUAUCUCA